AUGGCGGAUGCUGAACCCGAUUUCUCCUCCUUGCCACUGCCCGACCGGUUCGCCCAUAAGAACUGGAAAGUCCGCAAGGAAGGAUAUGAAGAUGCCAAGGCACAAUUUGAAAAGACACCCGAUGAAUCAGCACCGGUAUUCACACCUUUCAUACAAGACCCGAGUUUGUGGAAAGGGGCUGUCGCGGACUCCAACGUCGCCGCGCAGGUGGAGGGCUUGGGCGCAUAUUGUUCAUUUCUGAAAUUUGGAGGCGCACAAGCAUGCACAAGGACACGGAACCUCACGAUCGGCCCGAUCUCGGAAAAGGGCCUGCCAUGUGCCAGACCAGCCGGUAAAGCCAGCGCACAAGAAGCGCUACUUUUAUGCGUCGAAUUAGAUAAAGCCGACCCCGUUCUCGAAGACCUUUUGCCUACGCUAUCGCACAAAGUACCUAAGGUGGUCGCUGGUACUUUGGCUGCUUUAACGCUUAUCUACCAUAACUUUGGAUGCAAGAUUGUGGACCCAAAGCCAACAUUGAAGGCUUUAACUAAGGUAUUCGGUCAUGCGGAUAAAAAUGUGCGUGCCGAAGCACAGGGUCUCACUGUGGAGAUGUAUCGAUGGCUUCGCGAGGCCAUGAAACCACUCUUCUGGGGCGACUUGAAGCCGGUUCAGCAGCAGGAUUUGGAGAAGUUAUUCGAAGCGGUGAAGCAGGAGCCACCGCCGAAGCAAGAACGUUUCACUCGAGUUCAACAAGAUGCGAUGGCCGCAGCUAGUGCAGCACCGUCAGGCGGUGAUGAUAUGGAGGAAGGGGAGGAAUUCGCCGAGGAAGAAGAAGAAGGCGAAAUGAUCGAUCUCGCAGAACCUGUUGAUGUGAUGCCAAAGGUGCCUAAAGACCUUCAUGACCAACUAGCCUCAUCGAAAUGGAAAGAUCGUAAGGAAGCGUUAGAUGCAUUUUACAAUGUGAUCAAUGUUCCUCGCAUCAAAGAUGGGCCAUAUGAUGAAAUCGUGAGAGCAUUGGCAAAAUGCAUGAAAGACGCCAAUGUCGCGGUGGUGACUGUUGCUGCGAACUGUGUCGAUCUUCUGGCUAGAGGUUUGCGCAGCUCUUUCAUGAAACACCGAUCUACUAUUCUGGUGCCGAUGCUGGAGCGUCUCAAGGAAAAGAAACAGGCCGUGGCUGAUGCUUUGGGCGGAGCACUCUAUGCUGUGUUCUUAUCGACAGAUCUUUCAGACUGUCUAGAAGAUAUUUUGGAAUAUCUCAAGCACAAGAAUCCCCAAGUGAAGCAGGAAACAGUUAAAUUUUUGAUUCGCUGCCUUCGCAAUACACGGAUUGUUCCAUCCAAACCGGAGAUCAAGUCCAUCGCUGAUGCUGGUACAAAGCUUCUAACUGAGUCCACGGAAGGUAUUCGAGCUGGCGGUGCAGAGACUCUGGGUACUCUCAUGAAGAUUCUGGGCGAACGGGCCAUGAACCCUUACCUUGAGGGACUGGAUGAGAUCCGGAAAGCCAAGGUCAAGGAAUUUUUCGAAACUGCAGAGGUCAAGGCCAAGGAUCGACCCAAGCCGAUCGUCGCGCCUCCCAAGCCCGCUGCUCCAGCAGCCAGAAAGGCCAUGCCCGGAAAGAAGCCAGCGAUGGGCUUGAAGAAACCCGCUGCUGCGGCUGCCCCACCCCCGGCAGAAGAACCCCCGGCUCGGGCUGCUCCUAAGGCCAUUCCCUCGAAGCUCGGUGGUAUUCCAAAGACCGGUGGUCUCGCUCCUCCUGGCUCGAAGCUACGGAGCAAGCUAGGUGGCCCAGGAGGUAUCGCAUCACCAUCAGCAAGACGAGUUGCCCCUCCACCGGCAGAGGAGGAAGCUCCCCCGCCAGCUGCACCGAAAUUCGGCCUUGGUCGUGGUCUCGCUGGCCGUCCUAUUGCAAGACCAUCAGCAGCUGUUGAAUCAGCCCCUGCUCCUGCGCCUGCCAUGAGUGGCAUCUCAGCGGCGGAACGCGCCGAGCUUGAGGAACUCCGCGAUGAGAAGGAGAGAUUUGCUCGAUCCAUUGAGGAAAUGAAGUCCGAACGCUCAAAAUUCAACAACCAGAUCACCGAGCUUCAGAACCAAAAUGCUCAGCUCAUUGAAGAUCACACCAGAGAUGUUUUGAGCAUCAAAGCGAAGGAGACCCAACUGGUCCGCGCACGGAGUGACGCCGAGGCUGCUGAGGCCAAUGUUCAAAAGCAACAGCGGGAGAUUGAACGAUUGAAGCGUGAGUUGGCACGGGCUCUUCGAGCAACUGCAAUGAGCCCGCCCCAUAUGUCAACGGAAAGUGGAAGCAUGGGCUAUUCGGAGCCCGCAUCGAUCUACCAUGAAGCCUCUAGUGGGACUCCCUCGGUAACACGAUCUGGUCUCCAUAUGGGAUCUCGCUUUGAGAGCUCCCGCCCUCGAAGCUACGCUUCAGCCAGUCCAAGUGAAGAGAAGGAAAACACCGGUCUUGAAUCACCAGGUUUCGGCAGCCGAGAUGCAGGCCUUGGCCGACGCAAGUUAAGUCCGACAUAUGGCUACUCUGCAGCUGGAAGCCCAACCCGCACAUCAACUCGGAACUCCACUACCUUUGCCGAUGAUGACCAACAACCCCGAUCAUCAGAGCCCGCAGAAAAUUGGAAGCGAGCUGCUGAAGUUACCAGCCAGCUCAAGGCCCGAAUCGAACAAAUGAAGGCUCGGCAAGGACUGUCACGACCUCCCCCUCAACGUUAA